AUGUUCUUCUCCAAGCAAAUCAUCACCGUCCUCACAAUUUGCUCAUCGGAGCUGCGACUGUCCAAGCUGCAGAAGGCUGUAUCAAUCUGGGCCCAGAAGAUCCAGGUUUCGGUGGCGGAAGAUGUGGAGCUCCAACGAAGUUCUGCGGUUACGGUGCUGCUGGUACCAUUUAUUGCUGCAACAAAUGUUAAAUGUGUCUUGAAGCCUUAA